AUGUUUAACCCCGCACGCAGUGUACAGUACGGCGGACAUCGCUACGUUACAGGAGCACUGUCUAAAACCGGAGGCGGCACCGAGUGGGCGCCAGCUCCUGGCUGCCACUCCAGAGAAAUGGAAGAUAAUCAGCGGUCUGGCGGAGGGAAGAAUAGUCGGCCGGCGAAUGCCGAAUUUCUUAAAGGUGUCUUGGAUCCCAAAAAGCGGCUGCAACUUUACCGGACUAUUCAGGCGCAAUUGGAGGGAGAAAUGGUGCUACAACUUCGUAGUGGGACAAUGUUCGCGUGUACAGGCAAAACACAAGCGCGAUCAAGGAAGACAUACUGUUAG